AUGGCGCGCCAAAAGUUUAGCUCGAUUAACGGUCCCAACGUGUUGAUACGCUCCGAUGUGCGACAUGGUGGCCCCAGCAACAGCGCCGCCCACACAACGAGCAGUCGGCCCUCCACCAUUGGCACCGGCGGAAAGGGAAAGACGUCGGGUCCAAAGGGCCUCGGACUUGAAGGCAAGACCUUGAAGCGACACCGGUAAGACUGGCCGCGAUUUGGUGUCUGGACGAAGGACCAACUAACAGUGAACAGCAAAGUUCUCCGCGACAAUAUCCAAGGCGUCACGAAGGGAGACAUCCGUCGCCUUGCCCGCCGUGGUGGAGUCAAGCGGAUCUCAGGCAUGAUCUACGAUGAGACACGCACCACGUUGCGCAGACAUUUGGAGAUGGUGAGGGGCAAUCCUGGAGUUUCUACCAGAGGAGAGAGCUAACCAGGAUCCUCUAGUUGUUGAAAGACAUCGCCGCGGUUGUGCAAGUCGCAGGUCGCAAGACCGUCUGCGUCUCAGAUGUUGUCUUCGUGUUGAACCGGCUCGGUCGGCCGAUCUAUGUGAGUCGAAAUUUCUCAAGUCAUUUGGAUGUCAGUACUAACGGAUCGCAGGGCUUUGGUGAAGGCGUCCGUUGA